AUGACAGAAAUAUACGCCCCCAUCCCCCCGUUCUCCAAAGACGACCAGCUCGAACACAGCUUAUGGAUAAGCGAAAAAUCAAACACUGCAGCCUCGAUAUGCGGCGAGAAUAUCAGGAACAAAGUCUCUGUUCCUGGUCAUCCUCUUCUCAGCGCCACUGACACAGAAGAGGUGCAAAAAUUCCUCUCCGAUCAACUCCUCACUCCCCGGUUGAACGAACUAUAUCCGAUUUUCUGGAUGGUCGCGACACGGAAAAGCGACCAUAUUUAUGCCCUCCAUCAUCAAAUUGUGAGAGGGAGAGAUAUUAUCCCCUCCGAAGAUCCUGGGCUGCAUUUGAUUUGGUAUUAUGAUAUUAUCUACGUGAAGCCGAUGCCGCGGUAUUUGCUGAAUUAUGCGUUUUGGAGAGUGCAUCUUUCUGGAUGUGACGAGGAGAGUGCGGAGUUGCGAAAAUCUGCGCUUGGGUUUAUGCGAACGUAUUCGUAUCUGAUUCAAAGCGAAUAUGAUUUUGAUAUCGCUCGAGCGAAAUGUCUGAUUUCGAAAAAUAUCGAAGGGAUGAAUGGCUUCGUCGACUUUCUGCAUUUUAUCGAUCAUUUCCGCCAUAUCCAGGACUCGGAGGUUAGUCGGCGAUAUGACCACUAUGGACAGUUGCGGCUAAGUCGUCUAAAUUUGUGGAGCAAGUUAUACCAAUGGCGCAUGUUUUAUUAUAAAGUCGACGGUCAGUAUGGGGCAUAUUUUGCCCGAUUCACGCCUCCGUUUCUCUUCAUCUUCGGUACAGUCAGCGUUGCGUUGUCGGCGAUGGCGGUUAUUCUGGCUGUUGAUCAAGAUUAUGAGAGAGAGCCGAAUUGGGCUUUUGCGCAGGUUUCUACCUGGUUUUCGGUUGUUUGUUUGGCGAUUAUUGCUGCCACUAUUGCAUUCUUUCCCGCCAUGCAGGUCAUCUUCAUAUUGGAGGAGUUGGUGUAUGUCAUUUGCCACCAUUUCAGAAGUUGA